GUUGCGGCUCCUCCGCAGCCGGGCCUUGUGUGUCCCCUCACACCCCAGCGAGGGCAGGGCCAGGCCUCGGCGCCUCACCCCGGUGCCCCCGCGCUGGCCAGGGGCACCCCCGAGCGGCCUGGCCCGGGUCAGGGCUGCGGAGGGUGGUGAGGCCCCACCCCGGGUGGAGGCCUGGGUUUGCGCUGGGGUCUUCCGCCCAACUUAAAUAAGCUUGCCAGAUGAGUUCCCAGCUGUUGUUGCCCUCAAGUGCGUGAAAUGGGUGGCAGGGCUGUCUUGAAAGCUGGAAAACACAAGUUGUGAAGAUACAAAUCUCCCUAAUGAGGAUGUUCUGUAGGAGCAGAAAUUGUCAACAGGAGCUGGACUAAGACUAUGAAUAGUCACUAGAUUGGUCGCAAAAAUCCGACAACAGAAUGAAGGGAGGAGGGAUGACUGUUACCUGCUACCCCACAGAGAGGGAGGAGCUCCAUUCUUCAAACAUCAGCAGAGUUAUAAGGAAGGAGAUAUUUGGCUACAAAACUCAAAGCAGCCGAAGGGCCUUGUGCAUUGCUGGGUACAUCUUGUCCUGUGGGGCACUGCUGCUGCUGUUUUACUGGAAGCCAGAGUGGGAUGUGUGGGCAAACUGCAUCCGCUGCAGCCUGGAAGAAGCAGACAUUGUUCUGCUUAGAACAACAGAUGAAUUUCGGGUUUAUUCUCGUAAGACUGUGACAUGGAUCUCUGUGUCUGCACUUAUCAGAAGUAGAUCAGAUUAUCCAGCCACUGCUGAGGAAGACUCAAUCUUCAGCAAAGCCAUAAUGAAGCCAAGUUUGCAAGUGAAAAGUAUCCAAGUACAAAAAAUCCGCUAUGUUUGGAAUAUCUGUGCAAAACACUUCCAGAAAGUUGGAGCCCUAGAAGACCACCACACUUGCUCAGCUAUACAUGCCAAAUUUGGUUCUGGUCUCACCUGCAAUGAACAGUAUGUCAGGAGAGUUGUAUGUGGGCCAAACACUAUUGAUGUUCCAGUGAUCCCUGUUUGGAAACUACUCGUCAAAGAGGUCUUAAAUCCAUUUUACGUGUUCCAGCUGUUCAGUGUGUGUCUGUGGUUUGCUGAAGAUUACAUGGAGUAUGCCACUGCCAUCAUAAUCAUGUCUCUCCUCUCAAUUUUUUUGACUGUAUAUGAUCUUAGACGGCAAUCGGUUAAACUGCACAGACUGGUUGAGUCUCAUAACAACAUCAUGGUCACUGUCUGCAGAAAUAAGGAAGGUUUCCAAGAGCUGGAAUCACAUCAUCUUGUCCCUGGAGAUAUGCUGGUUUUGAAAGAGGGCAAAACCCUUUUGCCUUGUGAUGCCAUCCUGAUCAGUGGGCAGUGCGUUGUAAAUGAAAGCAUGCUGACAGGGGAAAGUACUCCAGUAACAAAGACCCACUUACCCCAAGCUGAUAACAUCAAGCCCUGGAGAAUGCAUUGUGCAGAGGAUUACAAAAAACAUGUCCUCUUCUGUGGAACAGAGGUCAUACAGACCAAGGCAGAUGACAGAGGAGUAGUGAAAGCUGUGGUGCUACGGACUGGUUUUAAUACAGCCAAAGGAGAUCUUGUGAGGUCCAUUCUCUACCCUAAACCCAUGAACUUCAAGCUGUACAGAGAUGCUCUCCGGUUCCUGAUGUGCCUCAUAGCAUUUGCAGCAAUUGGAAUGAUCUACACAGUGUGUGUAUUUGCACUUAACGGGGAGGAGGCAGGAGAAGUGGUAAAGAAGGCCUUGGAUGUUAUCACUAUUGCUGUCCCACCAGCUCUGCCAGCUGCCUUGACAACAGGGAUCAUUUAUACCCAGCAGAGGCUGAAGAAAAAGGGCAUCUUCUGCAUCAGCCCACAGAGGAUCAACAUGUGUGGACAGCUGAACCUCAUCUGCUUUGACAAAACUGGCACCUUAACAGAAGAUGGCCUGGAUCUUUGGGGCUUGCUGCCCUCUGAAAGAAACUGCUUCCAGGACAUUCACAGCUUCCCUGCAGACCACAGCCUGCCUUGGGGCCCGGUGUUCAGAGCAAUGGCAGUUUGUCAUUCACUAAUUGUUUGGGAGGGCAAGAUCCAAGGAGACCCACUGGAUGUGAAAAUGUUUGAGGCCACUAACUGGGUGAUAGAUGAUUCCAGUGGACGCCAGAAUGAAGGUCAAGGAUCCACACGUGCCACAGUUGUUAGACCUGGGCCUAAAGCCAGCUGCGCCCCAGUGGAAGGAGUUACCAUUUUACGUCAGUUUCCAUUUUCUUCAGCCUUGCAAAGAAUGUCUGUCAUUGCUCAGGAAAUUGGUGGGGAAAAACAGGUCUUCACAAAAGGGGCUCCAGAAAUGGUAGCCAUGUUAUGCAGAGCAGAAACAGUCCCAUCAAACUUUGAAAGCAAGCUUCUGCUCUACACAGCGCAGGGCUUUAGGGUCAUCGGACUGGCAUGUAAAUCUCUACAGGCAGGGAAGCAAUCUACUGAUCUAACAAGGGAGGAGGCAGAAUCUGAUCUGACAUUCCUGGGUCUGCUGAUAAUGGAGAAUCGCUUAAAAAAGGAGACAAAGCCUGUCCUGGAAGAGCUCAGCGCUGCCCGCAUCAGGAGUGUUAUGGUCACAGGUGACAACAUUCAGACUGCUGUAACUGUUGCGAGAAAUGCCGGGAUGAUUUCUCCAAUGAGUAGAAUGAUUCUUGUGGAAGCAAACAAAAUACCUGGAUCUUUUUCAGCAUCUAUAACCUGGAAACCACUAGAAGAAAACAAACCUGAAGAUUACAGAAGUCUGGAGGAUGACAGUCAGACCAAACGAAGAAUCAAGCUGGCAUUGGGAUCAGGCCAGUAUCAUUUUGCCAUGAGUGGAAAAACUUAUCAAACUGUAGCACAGCAUUUCAGGCACUUACUUCCAAAGCUUCUGCUCAAUGGAACAGUUUUUGCUAGAAUGUCUCCUGGUCAGAAAUCCAGCCUUGUAGAAGAGUUUCAGAAGCUGGAUUACUUUGUGGGCAUGUGUGGAGAUGGAGCCAAUGACUGUGGGGCUUUGAAAGUGGCACAUGCAGGGAUAUCGCUGUCGGAACAGGAGGCAUCUGUGGCUUCACCUUUCACAUCCCGAACCCCCAGCAUAGCAUGUGUGCCAGAGCUUAUCAAGGAAGGCCGUGCUGCCCUUGUCACUUCCUUCUGCAUGUUCAAGUACAUGGCUCUGUACAGCACCAUUCAGUACCUUGGUGUUCUCCUACUGUACUGGCAACUAAACUCCUUUGGGAAUUACCAAUUUCUGUUCCAAGAUCUCGCUAUUACCACUGUAAUUGGUGUGACAAUGAGUUUCACAGGUGCCUGUCCAAAGCUGGUUCCUUACAGACCUCCUAGCCAACUCAUCUCACCCCCGCUGCUGCUUUCUGUUGUACUUAACAUCCUCUUCAGCCUCAGCAUGCAAAUUUUUGGGUUUGUGGUGGUACAGGAGCAGCCGUGGUAUUCCAAGACCAAUAUACACAGCGCCUGCCUCUCAGCAAACAACCACAUGGAGAAUUCUUCCUCCAUUUCCAGCUUGGGCCUCCAUGGGAUGAGAGAUGAAGCUCAUGGGCAAACAGACAAUGGCUACAAGAGCUAUGAAAACACCACAGUGUGGCUGCUAAGUACCAUCAACUGCCUCAUCGUAGCACUAGUGUUUUCCAAAGGAAAGCCUUUCAGGCAACCCAUCUACACAAACUAUGUGUUCUUACUAGUGCUCAUAGGGCAGCUGAGCAUUUGCCUCAUCUUGGUGUUUGCUGAUAUUGAUGAUCUCUACUCUAAGAUGGAUCUUGUUUGCACCCCUACCACGUGGCGGAUCUCCAUGGUGGUAAUGCUUGCAGUCACACUUGCUGUGUCCUUCCUUGUUGAGUUUUUGUCUAUUCAUCAGCACUCUGGAGCUCAGCCUGCUUGGCAGCACGCACAACAAAAGAGGAACAAAUGCAGACCCUCACCAAUAACAGCCGUAGGUGUACAACGAUGCUAACAAGCCAGAACCUUUUACAAGAUACAUCAUUUGUGAGCUUUUUCCGCUCACAUAGCACCUUUUGUCUAAGGAGCUUGAUGCACAACACACUUCUUCAGGAGAAUUACAGAGGAGGCUGCAGAGACAGAGUACCUGCCAAGGGUCAACUGGGAAAGGAAAGCACAAACAGCUGGUACCUGGACCACCCAGUUCAAGGAAAGAGAACAGAGAAUUCAGUUAUCACGUAUUGCGGGUGUCUGGUGCCAGCAGCUGAAUUUAAAGGACUCGUUACUCCAUCUUAUGGCCUCUUAAAGUCUUCCUGUUGGAAAAGUAGUCCUGGAGCAUUUUGCACUAAUAUUCCCCACCAGAAAGUGCUUAACCCCUCCACGGCUUUUGUGUAGUUUGUGGGCAGAUGGUACGCAGCCCCGAGCCAGGAGGGUCAUGCUGCGCUGCCUGAUGGUUCAGCACACCAUGGGUUAAUUGCCAAAUGCGUACAAGGGAAGGCAACGCUCAACAGCUCAACACACUGUCAGCCAAGUCAGGCUGUGUAAAUUUUCUUCCUGGUUGGCUGUCAACAGUGGGGACAUGAUUCUUAUUCUAAGAAAGUCAUUAAAUGUCCCGUGUGUCUGAAAUACAAAGCAUAGCUGUCCCUGCUCUGUAGUGCCUUGUUUUCACACUGUCCCUUGUGACCGGUGACCACUGGAAGUGCUUGUCACUGACAUAGCUUUGAUUACUUGGUAUAGGUCUCUAUAGAUAAAAGGGAGUCAAGAAACAUCCAUUCCUGUGUCCUGUUUAAAUCUAAUUAAUAAAUCUCUUUGGUACUUUCUAGAUGAUUAGCAGACAGGGUGGAAUGCAAACGUCCCACUUCACUGUGUAAUUGUCCUGGCCUUUCACCUAGCCACAUGAUAGAUCGCUCCAGGCAAAAAGAGCAUCCUAUUGCAAGAUCAGUGAGGCUGGAGAGGAAGAGGACAUCAGGAGAGCAUAACAAUCUCUUUCUCCUGAACAUACAUGUUACUUGAGAGGUGCUGAAAGAAGGUUUUUUGGACCUGGGAAGAGGUUCAGAUAAGAAGAGGCACGUUUCAUUUAUGUCUUACUCCCCUCUCACACCCACCCAAGCCCAGGCAAAUCUUGAGUCUAUAGCUCCAAGCCUUGAAAACCUGUAAUGCUCCCUCAGCCAUUCUUCAACAAACAGGGUUUUACUACUGCAUGCAAUCACCACGCACAUGCCAGCCAGUGUCCAGCAGCUGCUCCGAGCAGGACUGCUUAUUGCAGUAAAGCAGCAGGGCUCUUUACUGCAGGAACUGCACCCCUCGGCACCACCAGCUGCCUUCUGUACCUUGCACGAACCUCCAGCCUGCCACUCCGCUCCUGCUUGUGAUCACUUUUACACAGGGCUCACUGCCCACUCACUGCUGACUUACACAGGAGCCUCAGGCUGCCUCUCACAACGCUCUGUCAUCGUUCCUGCUAAACCUUUACAGCCUUUCAGAGCACAAGUUGUACAGAAGCAUCCCACCCUUUCGGUAUAGACUGGAGAGCAGGAAUGUAGACCUGCCGGCCUAUGCCUUGAGCCCAAGGCCCCAACAGGACAGGCAGCCGUCGACCCAGCCAGUCUUUCUGCCCCAGUGACUGGGUUGAUGUGAGGUCAGGCAAGCGUGCAAUUCAGGGAACAACAUGAGGACAUGUAGAACUUAGGGUUCAACCUUUCAGCCCAUCAUAAAAGAAUUCUAUCUCUCAGUAUCUUCGUAUCUCAUGGGGAGCUGUCAAAAGCCUAAAUGUGCCACAUUAGCUGCUUCUCUCUUGUUCCUUGGAGCAUCUCCCUGUCAGGGAGGAAAUGAGAUCGGUUUGAUAGGAUCUUCCUGUGACAGAUGCAUGUUAGUUGCUUCUUAUCACUUUAUUAUCCCCUAGGUACUUACAAACUGACCGCUUAAAAAUUUUCUUUCACAUCUCUCUGUGUAUUCAGGUUGGGUUGACUGGCCUGUGAUCCCCCUCUUUUUUGCCUUUUCAGGUGCCAGCUCUACAGGCUGGUGGGCUGGGGCUGGAGGUGUCCUGCCCAGCGUGGGGAGCAUUUUGCAAGCGCAGCUGCGGGCGUGGUGGUGGGCACCCGGCUGACCCAUGCAGGGGAACUGCUGGGACUCGGUCCAGAGACCGCAGGUCAUAUUCCUGUAAAUGAAAUGCACCUCACCCUGGAUGGUCAAAAUAGGGAGAACUAGUAACACCGCCCAGCUAAUGAUACCUCUCUUGAGUUUCCUUCCCGUAGAGAGUUACAGGAGGUGUUGGCUGCUAGUAAGCAAUCAUCUAAUUACUUUAUCUCUUUGUGUAUAAGCCUUUUGCCACAAGAAUGUCUGCAAAGGACACGGCUGGACUUCCUGUAAGGGUGACAUACAAGACCCCUAGAAAUGGGCCCUGCUUCUGAAAACUGGGGAGUGGAAUGACUGCAAGCGUGUCAUGUCCGGGGAGCUGCAUGAGAGUGACUGAUGCACAGAGCAGCCUGGUGGGUGAGCCCCCCCAUGCCCUCUCAGGGGAAAGGGAGAGGCAGAGGGGGACUGUUUACUUAUGUUGAAAUCUGGUUUAAUGCAGGCUUUAGGCAGUUCAAAAUGGCAAUGCUUUAAAAGAAAUAAUAUUUAUUUUUCACCACCACCCUGAUUUUUCAUGAUUCUUCAGUGUUUGGUCCUUGUUUGCUGUUUUAUGGACACAACUGCACCUGGCAGAACCCCUUAAAGAUGGAUCUGGUUGGACUACGCAGAGCCAGCCUCUGGUAUGACAAUUGCUGUUUCAUCAUCCCAGACAGCCUGGCCUCUCCUUGCUCUGUUUCAAAGAGAAGAAACAUGGAUAAGUGCUUUUAUUUCCUUCAGAGUCUGCCUAAUGAAAGGUGCUUCUCUCAGUUCUUGGGGCUGUUUCCAGGAUGGAGCUGCAGACUGAGGGAGAUUUAGGGGUCUCUUAAGACCUGCUGCACUGCAGUCCCUGGGCAUCAUUCUCCCUCCCACCUGGGGGAAGGGGAAUUUGGAAGAAUUCCUGUUUUGUCAUCAGUAGGGAAAUAUGCUGCAUGCAAAGGCUGUGUCUCUUUAUCGAGUUUAAAUCCCCAUGUCUCAUCAG